GGGUGGUUGUGGGUCUGUAGGUUUGAAUAGGGAAGAUGGCAGCCGCGGCGGUGGUGGAGUUUCAGAGAGCUCAGUCUCUUAUCAGUACGGACCGAAACGCUUCUAUCGACAUUUUACAUUCAAUAGUCAGGCGAGAUGUUCAGCAGGAUGAUGAAGAGGCAGUGCGUAUCAAAGAACAGAGCAUCCUGGAACUUGGCACUCUACUGGCUAAGACAGGACAAGCCGCAGAGCUUGGAGGACUCCUGAAGUUUGUUAGGCCUUUUCUGAUCUCCAUAAGCAAGGCUAAGGCAGCACGACUGGUGCGCUCUCUGCUGGAUCUCUUCUUGGACAUGGAAGCAGCUACAGGCCAAGAGGUAGAACUGUGUCUGGAGUGCAUUGAGUGGGCCAAAGCUGAAAAGAGGACGUUUCUCAGACAGGCCUUGGAGGCUCGUUUGAUCUCACUGUAUUUUGACACCAAAAGGUACCAGGAGGCCUUACAGUUGGGCUCCCAGUUACUGCAAGAGCUGAAGAAGAUGGAUGACAAAGCUUUAUUGGUGGAGGUCCAGCUGCUUGAGAGUAAAACCUAUCAUGCACUCAGCAACCUGCCCAAGGCCAGGGCUGCCCUUACCUCUGCCAGGACCACAGCCAAUGCCAUUUACUGUCCACCCAAACUUCAAGCAGCCCUGGACAUGCAAUCAGGCAUCAUCCAUGCGGCUGAGGAGAAAGAUUGGAAGACAGCCUAUUCUUACUUCUUUGAGGCAUUUGAGGGCUAUGACUCCAUCGACAGCCCCAGGGCUAUCACUGCACUGAAAUAUAUGCUUCUCUGCAAGAUCAUGCUCAACUUGCCUGAAGAAGUACAAGCCUUGAUCAGUGGCAAACUAGCUUUACGGUACGCUGGGAGACAAACAGAUGCACUGAAGUGUGUAGCACAAGCCAGCAAGAACAGAUCGUUAGCAGACUUUGAAAAGGCGCUGACGGAGUACACAAAAGAACUGAGGGAUGACCCCAUCAUCAACACACACCUGGCCAAGCUCUAUGACAACCUGUUGGAACAGAACCUUAUCCGCGUCAUUGAGCCUUUCUCCAGAGUACAGAUAACACACAUAUCUGGUCUCAUCAAACUGUCAAAGGGUGAUGUUGAGAGAAAGCUGUCACAAAUGAUCCUGGACAAGAAAUUUCAUGGCAUCCUUGACCAGGGUGAGGGAGUCCUGAUCAUAUUUGAAGAGCCCCCUGUAGACAAGACUUAUGAGGCAGCCCUCGAAACCAUUCAGAACAUGAGCAAAGUUGUGGAUUCACUGUACAACAAAGCUAAGAAGUUGACAUAGAAAAACGCAAAAGGAUGCUGCUCUGCAGAGUGGAUGUGUGUGCGUGUGUGUGUAUGUCUGCAUGCGUGUGUGGCCAACAUGUGGAGCCUUUUGUCAAGGCGAGAAGGGACAGUAGAGUAAGACUCACAAACUGCAAUGGGAUUCACUUGCUCCCCACCUGAGAGUUUUUAACUCAUCUUUCAAUGGACAAUUUCAUCCUUCUCUAAUUAUGAUGUUUAUUUUUCCCCCGGUGUAUCUGUCAUCGGCCAGUAUGGCCAUCAGGGAAUAUUGUACAACUACAAUAAAAUCUUAAAGUCAUCACAUAGACAUGUAUAACUCUUUUUACAGUUCAAGUAACAACCUCCUGUGGUGCAAUACUGCUUCAAGUCCCUAUUAUUUUGGGGUCACAAGGAACUGUGGAUAACUGUUUGUCUUCAUUAGUUCUAGUCUCAUGAAAGCACAUUAUUCUGUCUGCAGCAAGUAAGAAGUGUCGUAACGAGGCAUGUUAAGGCAGUUCAGAUGGUUCUGUAGCGAGCACAGUUGCCAGCAAUCAGACCAAUCAUGGUUAUUUUUCAGAUUUUUUCAAGUUCAAAGUAUUGCGUUUGAUGUACAGUUUACUCUGGCAGUAUACUCUUUGAUUCUACACAUUGCAGUUCAUUUUCUUUAACUCCUAAAUGUUUGUUGUAUUAAAAAGCCCAUAAAUUUCUCUUCUCAUGAAAGUACUUAUGAAUAACUUCUUUUCUAACUAUUUCAAAUGCUAAUGUUUAACUGCAGUACAAAUAAAUUUCUUUACUUGUUUUGUUCAGUUGGACUAAACAGCCAUUUUAUAAUAGCUGGUUCUAGCACAGUAUACGAGCUGUAUACUUCUGAUUAAAGUAGCCAGUGUGACUUCCAAA